UAAUUGUUGUGUGAAAUCGACCCUUAAAAAUAUAGAAUAGUGAUUACCAUAAAAUUUUCAAUCCGCAAGGAGGUUUUUUCUAAGGCCCUUUGUUUGAACAUCCUUCAAUUCUUCCCAAACAAAACCCCAUUUUCAGUUGACCACUUUAGAAAUUAGAAUUCUCUAUCUUUCAAUUUCAUUUUCAUUUUUCUCUCUUCCAAAACAGAGCAAAGGAAGAGAUGUUGCUGGCAGUACUACUUUCCAACUCCGAGGGCAACAUUCUCGUUGAAAGGUUCAAUGGAGUUCCUGCUGAGGAGCGGUUGCAUUGGCGAACUUUCUUAGUUAAGUUGGGUGCAGAGAAUCUCAAGGAUGCUAAGAAUGAAGAGCUCUUUGUUGCCUCACACAAGUCGGUGUAUAUUGUUUAUACUGUGCUUGGAGGAAUUCACAUCUAUCUUGUUGGCAAGGAUGAGUAUGAUGAACUUGCUUUGUCAGAAGUUAUAUUCAUAAUUACCUCGACGUUGAAGGAUGUCUGCGGAAAACCACCAACUGAACGCAUGUUCCUGGACAAAUAUGGAAGGAUCUGCUUAUGUCUUGAUGAAAUUGUUUGGACGGGAGUUCUGGAGAAUACUGACAAAGAAAGAAUCAAAAGACUUGUUAGGUUGAAGCCCCCAACCGAGUUCUGAAUACUGGAGGAGGGAUCCUGCUUUGCGUAUUUCUUACAUUGCCAUACUGUAUAUCAUGGAAACAAUGGAUCUUCAGACAAUCUUGACGUGUGUUCAAGGAGAAUUUACUAAUUUGUAUCUUUAGAAAGAAAAAGAUGUGUGAAACUGUGAUCAACCAUUCUGACCUAUAUUAGGGGCUAGCAUUGGUGUAAUUUGUGAUAUCAGCUGUCCUGAUUGGUUGAGGUUCAGGAGCUUUCUUGUAAUCGGCAUCUUAUCAAUUUUUAUUGCUGUUAUAAAGUACCUAUUUCAUACUA